CGCACCCGAGAGCGAGAGAAAGAGAGAAAACAGCUCUUCCUCCGCAUUUCCGCCUUUCACUUCCGCUGUCAGCUCCACCUGGGAGGAAGCAGGUGAGAAAUCCGGGGGGAAUCACGGCCGGGUGCUUAGCCGGAUUUUGGCCGACCUCCCCUGUGAACUUUAUUGUUCCACCUGGCGGAGGGUGACCGGGACGGACGGAGCCCAUGUGUCUGGCGAGAGGUUGACAACUUCCACCGUGUCGGAACCGCUUGCGUUAACGGCGCUGCAGAGAACACCCACACCCACACCCACACCCACACGCCUUGCACUUGACACCCCCGCUCUGCCUCCUCUCGCUCAGGCUACCCGAGGCCCGGGAAGUUCAGACAUGGACCCCAUGAAAGCACAGCAACUGGCGGCCGAGCUGGAGGUGGAGAUGAUGGCCGAUAUGUACAACAGGAUGACGCAGGCCUGCCACCGGAAGUGCGUGCCCCCCCACUACAAGGAGCCCGAGCUCUCCAAGGGCGAGUCUGUCUGCCUGGACCGCUGUGUGGCCAAGUACCUGGACGUCCACGAGCGACUGGGCCGCAAGCUGACCGAGCUCUCCGUGCAGGACGAGGAGCUGAUGCGCAGGAUGCAGCAGGGGUCCAUUGGACAAUGAGGCGGCCGUCCUCGGGGAGGGGGGAGGUGAUCUGACGCUGGGAUUCCACUCCACGCACCUGCCUCUUGACCCCCCUCCCAGAAAGACUCCUACCUGAUGUGACGUCUGCUCUCAUCAAGAUGGCUGCUUCCUGCUCCUCUUGUCUGCUUGACAUGGCGGCUGACCUCAACAAGAUGGCUGCCAGCCAAGGUAGAGGGCAACAGGUGAGGGAUGGGGCAGUUGGGGAGGCUGUGUGGGGUGGCAGUGAGGUUCCUGGGCGUCGGAGGGUGAGGGCAGAAAGGGGUGGGGACCCAGUUGGGAGGAUCGUUGGCGGGAGUGUGUCCUCCGCAUCACACCAACGUCGUGACGUCUCCGGGACUGCUGGACGUCAUGCAGAUUUUUUUAUAUAUAUAUUGGAGACGUUUUAAACCGAGAACUCUCGCCCUUCCCAGCAACGUUUUCCUACGACGAGACGAGAGGCAACGAUCAACCCGCAGGUUUCGAGCGAGGCAUUGUUCCGCCAUGCAGCUUUUGACUUGUGAAAAAUAAUAAAACAGGUUUUUUUUAA